UCUACGUAACUCUCUCACAACACCAUAGAAACUCUGUGACAGACAGCAGCCCUGCCCUCACUCGUUUCUUCAACCGUCACACAUAAAGCGACAUAAUGGGAUCCUGCGCAAAACACAUAGCAGACGAAAUCGUUGACCAGCGCUCUAUUACCGAAUCUGGUACUUGCAACUGAGCGCCGUUUCUACUCCGCAUUCUGACUACAUAUUUACAAAAGCUGAGCACCUUUCCUAAGCUUCUUUUUGUUCUAAGGGGAUGGGGGAAUGAUCAACCCUGACUCCCCAUCUCCAGUUCAGUUGUAUCAGUUGUAAGAGCGCUUUGCAGUAUGCCAUCCCCGAGAAGAGGUGUCGAUCACCGACCGAGAACCGCCGCCACGCUUCUAACCCAGGUUGCUGUCUUUGCAACCUUCGUUGCUAUGAGCGCAUGCAUGCCAGGGUCUUCUUCAGUAUGCCCGCGGAGCUUAGACUGUGCCCGAGCAGGGCGUCAUUUCUGCCAGCCGGGCAGCUCACACUGCGGCCCCUGCCUCAACCCGCUGGUAGAGAACUCACAUGGCAGAUGCAUAGUGAAGAGGAGACACGCUCACGCCUCUCAUUUUGCGGGCAAAGUGACCACGUUCCCUGAAGUGGAUGAGGAGAUAGACUUCCUGUCCACCAUCAUCAGCCAACAGAAGGAGUCAGGGGUCAAACAUCCAGCUCCUCUCUCUCAGGAUUUUUCCAAAGCCGAGGAGGAAGAUGACCGAUCCAUGAUCCUCACCCAACGGCCUACCACAGAGCAGCCUACGACACACAAUACCACUACAGCCCCGUAUAACACGACUACAGCCUCCCCCACAAUGACGGCCCUCACCACCACCACCCACAUCCCAGCAGUCCGUAGUGGGCCCCUGAUCAUCCCUUACCCCUCCAACGAUCAUGUGUUUAUUGUCAUGACCAGUGUGUUUGUGGUCAUGGGAUCUGUGGCCUUGCUCUUGGCUGGUGUCUGUUGGAUCAGGAUGCAGAGAGGUGUGCGCCUGGCUCAGAAGGCAGACUACCCUGCUUAUGGGGGUAUGGGGCCCCAUUCCUAUGACAACAAUGUGCCUGGGGAUAAGAGGCUGGCUCAGAAUGCCCAGAUGUACCACUACCAACACCAGAAACAGCAGAUGCUCUCCCUGGAGAAACACCGGGAUGAACCAAAGGUGCCUGACUCUGGGGCCACGUCAGAUGAGGAGAAUGAGGACGGGGAUUUCACGGUGUACGAGUGUCCUGGAUUGGCCCCAACCGGGGAAAUGGAGGUGAAGAAUCCUUUGUUUGAUGAUUCCACCCUUCAGCGGAGCCACAAGUAACCCUGACAACCCUGGACAUUCUGAUAUGUACCUAUAAAAGAUAUCAUCCUACACGUACAGGAAGAUCAAAUCACACUUAAUUACUCAAACACCUACAAAUACACAUCGGGUUUCUCUAUACUAGCCUGUCUCACAUGAUACACUCCUAACACGGUAGGGCGGCAGGUUUGUAAGGAGAGAAGGAACGAGCGGAAGUUGUGAGAAAGACGGACUUGAAAAGGAGGAUGAAGAGAAGUGGUGGACCGUAUGGACAUUGUAUCUGAACGGCAGAUUGAAGUGGCAUGCAGGUGAAUCUCCUCUUGGAUCGGACUGAUAUCUGGGACCCAUGACGUCUCUCGCACUUAGAAAACCUACACGAUAUUGUACCUUUCCGUCUGGCCUAAAAUAUCCAUUCCUUCGUAUUUUGUUAUGUUUAUCUUAUCUCUGGUGUAAUUGAUCCUGUAAAAUUCUUUCCUUUUUUUUCAAACAUGUGCAUAACAACAACCAACAAACUGACUGAGAGAUUAGUGUGUAUGAUGGUGUAUAGCAUUCUCCAAGUACUGCUCUCCCCUUCAGUCCUUUGCGCAGUGUCACCCCUGUACAGAGGAACUUCUGGGUCGUAUUCACUAGAAAUCAAACAGAAGAAAACUGACAGAGGGACUAUACCUGAACUUUUCCAACAAGAAAUGCUGAUUUCUGUUUCCAUUGCUAAAUGUAUUGCUACAGUGUGCACUAAUGAAUACCACCCUGGGUAUAAGACAGAUACCCACAGACAGGUUCAAGGAGAACAUAGAACAGUGGGAAAGGAAAGAUGUGUUAUGGGCCUAUAGGUAGCUGUAGACUUGAAAACUGGUCCUAGAAAUAGUUAUGGAACUGUAGACGUUAGUUCAAGCCUUUGAAACGGAGAUGAGGAAUGGUUGGCAUAGUACAAUUAUAAGGCUGUCAAUGCUAAUCAUUGGCCAGACUAAAUGGCUGCAUUCCAAAAGGCACCUCAUUGCCUACAUACACAUAUAUGGGGAAUGAAGUUCCAUUCAUUAUGCAUCUUAAAUAUCUGAAACUCAUUGACUUUCAAAUAAUUUAACUUUAAAAAAAAAAAAUAUAUAUAUAAUUUGUAUUUUAUUUUACUGUUUCAUGUACACAUGCAGCGCAUACGGUAAACCUGAUCUGUUAAAGCUCUCUUAUAUAGCCAUUAUAUUAUCAUUAUAUAUGGUCCCUCUAUGCAUGACUUGAUGACACUGGGUUCUGCUGAAAAGGGAUAAAAGUCUAUAUGCAUUUAUGAUUGUUAUUCAAGUUUCCUGUGUAAACUUGCUUAUGCUAUUUAGAUACUAUGAAUGAUUUCAAAGGAAUUUGGAACUUUACAGAACUCUGAAACAGAGCAUCCCCAUUGUGUACAUAUAUUUGUCCCCGUGAUUUGUGAUGAUGUUUAUGUAAAUAGCCAAUGACGUGUACUGUACAGAGAUGGCAAACUGCCACUAAUGAUGUAUUUGUACACAUUAUUAGUCUAUAUUUCUGAUUGCUGUGUCAAAUGGACCACCGUUUUCUUUAGCCUAAUGUGAGACCCAAAUUGCACCCCAAUCUUUGUAUAGUGCAUUUACUUUUUAUGAAAGCCAGAUAGGGCCUGGUCAAAAGUUUUGCACUAUAGGGAAAAGGGUGCUCUUUGGAGUACACUAGUCUUUUCAGAAGUUGCCUAUUGCUGUUGUCUCUCAGGAAUGCUGAUGUCAUUAGCUCUCCUAUGUACUUAACCAUUUCUCUUACUCUGCCUCAACUCUCACACUGAAGGAAAAGGUAGUCCGACACAUACUGUAACAUGAAUGAUUUGUGGAUGCAGACAAUUUUAUUUGCCCAGUUAGGCUUCAAGAACAAUGUCUGUAAGAUAGAAAGAGGAUUCUCUUAAGAAUGGACCCAUCUGUUGAUGUAGGCCUAGAUGACUUGUUAAGAUUGCUGAACAUCAAACCUUGACAGUUUUACCACAUACCUACAGGUAACUGCCAAAAUAAAGAACCCCAAUACAAAGUGUCUUAAUUGGAAGUGUUGCCACGCACGAGCCUCCAGAACAGCUUCAAUGCACGUUGGCAUAGAUUCUACAAGUGUCUGGAACUCUUUUGGAGGGAUGUGACACCAUUCUUCCACAAUAAAUUCCAUAAUAUGGAGUUUGUUGAUGGUGGUGGAGAACACUGUCUCAGGCGCCGCACCAGAAUCUCCCAUAAGUGUUCAAUUUGUUUGAGAUCUGGUGACAGAGACACACACACACACACACCCUUUAAACCAUCUAUGCUCGUUCAAAGUCACAGAUUUCUGCUUCUAGCCAUUGUAGCCAAAAUAAUGGCCAACUUGACAUUUUUAUACAUGACCCAAAGCAUGAUGGGAUGUUAAUUGCUUAAAGCCCAGUGCAGUCAAAUGUUUUAUAUAUACACUGAAUGCACAAAACAUUAGGAACACACAUCCUAAUAUUGAAUUGCACCCCUUUUACGCUCAGAACAGCCUAAGUUCGUUAGGGCAUGGACUUUACAAGGUAUUGAAAGCGUUCCACAGGGAUGCUGGCUUAUGUUGACUCCAAUGCCUCCCACAGUUGUGUCAAGUUGGCUGGAUGUCCUUUGGGUGGUGGGCCAUUUUUGAUGCACACGGAAAACUGUUGAGAGUGGAAAAACCCAGCAGUGUUGCAGUUCUUGACACUCAAACCAGUGUGCCUGGAACCUACUGCCAUACCCCGUUCAAAGGCACUUAAAUAUCUUGUCUUGCCCAUUCACCCUCUGAAUGGCACACAUACUCAAUCCAUGUCUCAAGGCUUAAAAAGCAUUCUUUAACCUGUCUCCUCCCCCUUCAUCUUCACUGUUUGAAGUGGAUUUAACAGGUGACAUCAAUAAGGGUUCAUACCUUUCACCUGGAUUCACCUGGUCAGUCUGUCAUGGAUUUCCACACUGAGGUUAGAAUAACACUAACAUUGUGAAAAUGAUGGUAAUGCACUUUAAGUGUAAGAGCUGUUUGAAAAGACUGCCUGAAAUGUUCAGCCUACUGUAGUUUUGGCCUGCCUGGUGUCAUACCCAGGUGUCGUUAAUAGACCAAUAAGAAGGGAGUUCCAAACCUCUCUGCCAAUAACAGCUAGUUUUCAGUUUUCCCCCUCCUCACUCAGACCAAUCCCAGACUGUCCUAGCAAAAUUCUUGUUUGAGAAGUUGCUCUUUGCUAAGAAGCUAUUUUUGUUUAUUUUUGAUCAUUUUAAUUGAAAACAAUCACAGUAAGGCACUUAAUUGUUACCCAGAAAUGAUUUGAUAUUGAGAAAAGCAUCUGCUUUGGACUUUUAAGGAACCACACCUGUGUGGAAGCACCUGCCUUCAAUAUACAGUACUUUGUAUCCCUCAUUUCCUCAUGGGUUUCCUUUUAUUCUGGCAGUUACCUGUACAUCAGUACUGUCCCCUAGGCCCAGGGUUGCAAAAUCCUGAUCAUAAUUCCUAGCUUUUCCAUAAAUCUUUGUUGAAGGGUUGAAAUUUGCUCUUUGCUUGCUUUCACGAAUGUGGAUGGUUAAGAAUCUCCAGGAGUGAUUAGUGACUGCCCUUUUCUACAGUAACCCCCCCUCUCCCGGACAAGAGGGUAAUUAACGCACCAACCCUGAGAGAUGAACAACCUCUUUUACUACUACUGGGAUUGUUAAACAUGAUGCAUGUAGACAUAUCAGAAAAAUGUAAUAAAGUAUUUAUACUAUCUUAACUGCAA